UCGUUUAAUCUCCAUUUCAUAGAAAACUACGUCGUUUAAUCGCCGGUUCAUUCGAGAUAUCUCCUCUUCCUCCGUUUCAUGGUGUUGCGGCGAGCCGAUAUACACACUACACUACACGACACGAUCUCCGUGAGAAUUCGAAGCUUCCUGAAAAUUUAUUCUCGGUGAAUGGCGUCAUCAUCGUCGGAUUCAUGGAUGAGAGAAUACAACGAGGCUUUAAAACUCGCUGAGGAUAUCAACGGCAUGAUCUCCGAAAGGAGUAAGUCGGCCUUAACAGGGCCUGAUGCUCAGCGUCGUGCUUCAGCUAUACGUAGAAAGAUCACCAUUUUCGGAACUCGGUUAGAUAGUCUGCAGUCUCUUCUUUCCAAAAUCCAUGGGAAGCCUAUUUCAGAGAAAGAGAUGAACAGGCGUAAGGACAUGAUUGGGAACUUGAGAUCUCAGGCAAACCAGAUGGCGAAUACUUUGAACAUGUCCAACUUUGCUAAUAGAGACAGCUUGCUUGGGUCAGAGAUAAAGCCAGAUGACACCAUGAGCAGAGUUAGUAGCAUGGAUAACCAAGGGAUUGUUGGGUUUCAACGACAAGUUAUGAAAGAACAAGAUGAAGGACUUGAGAAGUUGGAGGAAACAGUGAUGAGUACUAAACACAUUGCUCUAGCUGUCAAUGAGGAGCUUGGCUUGCAGACUAGGCUUAUCGAUGACUUAGACUACCAUGUUGAUGUUACCGACUCUCGCUUACGGAGAGUGCAAAAGAACCUUGCUGUCAUGAACAAGAAUAUGAGAAGUGGUUGUUCUUGCAUGUCAAUGCUCUUGUCAGUGCUUGGGAUCGUUGGUCUUGCUGUUGUAAUAUGGCUGCUAGUUAAGUAUUUGUAAUCUCAACAUUAAGUUCACUUGCCGCUUCUGUGUGAAUGGUCUCAGUAUAUCUCCUAAUGCUUUUCAUUCCUCUUCCGUUGUGAGAACUCUUAAUAAAUAUUAAUAUCAUGUGUGCAGUUUUUGUAUUCA